AUGGAGGGAAGCGGAGGUGAUAGUGGAUCAGUGGCCACGCCUGUUCAACAGCGAGCACAUGAGGCAUGGAGGAUUUACCAACAUUAUCUAGACAAGACUACUCCUCAUGCAACUUACAGGUGGAUCGGAACUCUUGUCGUCGCGCUCAUCUACUGUUUGAGGGUUUACUACAUCCAGGGGUUCUACAUCAUCGCCUACGGUCUUGGAAUCUACCUCCUGAAUCUGCUCAUCGGUUUCCUGUCCCCUCUCGUCGAUCCUGAGGCUGGUGGGGUCUCUGAUGGGCCUUCUCUUCCUACUAGAGGCUCUGACGAGUUCAAGCCUUUUAUUCGCCGACUCCCUGAGUUCAAAUUCUGGUACUCCAUGACAAAGGCCUUCUGCAUUGCGUUUCUCAUGACCUUCUUCUCGGUAUUUGACGUUCCCGUGUUCUGGCCAAUCCUGCUUUGCUACUGGAUCGUUCUCUUUGUUCUCACCAUGAGACGCCAGAUCUCCCACAUGAUCAAGUACAAGUACAUCCCUUUCAGCUUCGGCAAACAGAAAUAUGGUGGACGGAGCACCAGCGGGUCACGUGCGGAUUGA